CAAGUCUUACAGUUAUAUUUCUAAUACAAUGCCACAUGCCCGAGAACACUCAGUUGAGACAAUUCGUCGUAACAGUGAGGUGAUGGGUACUCUCAGAAAGUUGAUGGUUGUCAACCGCGGUGAAAUUGCCAUCCGUGUCUUCCGCACAGCUCACGAGCUGUCGAUGAGCACAGUCGCCAUAUUUUCACACGAAGAUAGACUUUCUAUGCAUCGUUAUAAGGCUGAUGAAUCUUACCAAAUCGGAAGCGUGGGACAAUUCUCUCCAGUAGGUGCAUACCUUGCCCAAGAUGAGAUUAUUCGUAUCGCAAAGGAACACGAUGUUGCAAUGAUCCACCCUGGCUAUGGUUUCCUGGCCGAGAAUGCCGAAUUCGCUCGCAAAGUGCAGGCUGCUGGUAUCACAUUCAUUGGUCCAUCUGCCAAUGUCAUUGAAAGCUUGGGUGACAAGACCAAAGCUAGAAAGAUUGCCAUGGAUUGUAAGGUCCCUGUAGUCCCAGGUACACCAGGCCCAGUCGAAAAGUUCACAGACGCAAAAGCCUUUAUUCAACAGCACGGCUUCCCAGUAAUUAUUAAGGCUGCUAUGGGUGGCGGUGGCCGUGGUAUGCGCGUUGUUCGUGAACAGAGCGAGCUUGAAGAGGCAUUUAUGCGUGCAAAGUCUGAGGCUCUUGCUGCCUUUGGUGACGGUACAGUUUUUAUCGAGCGGUUCGUAGACAAGCCCCGCCAUAUCGAAGUUCAGCUACUAGCAGAUCGUGCCGGCAAUGUUGUUCAUUUGUUUGAGCGUGAUUGUUCAGUCCAACGUAGACACCAAAAGGUGGUCGAAAUUGCACCCGCUAAGAACCUCGAUGCUAGUGUGCGCGAAGCCAUCUUGCUUGAUGCUAUCAAGAUUGCCAAGGCUGUUGAAUAUAAGAAUGCAGGUACAGCAGAAUUUUUGGUCGAUUCCCAAAACCGUCACUACUUUAUCGAAAUCAACCCUCGCAUCCAAGUCGAGCACACUAUUACUGAAGAAAUCACUGGUAUUGAUAUCAUUGCUGCCCAAAUUCAAAUUGCUGCCGGUGCCCUUUUGCCUCAACUUGGCCUAACUCAGCAGCGUAUUCGCCAGCGUGGGUUCGCAAUUCAGUGCCGUGUUACAACAGAGGAUCCAGAAAAGAGCUUCCAACCAGAUACUGGAAAGAUUGAGGUUUACCGCUCUACCGGUGGUAAUGGUAUUCGUUUGGAUGGUGGCGCUGGUUAUGCCGGUGCAAUUAUUACCCCACACUAUGAUUCACUCUUGGUUAAAGUCACAUGCAGCGGCUCUACUUACGAAGUUGCCCGCCGUAAGAUUGUUCGUGCUCUUGUCGAAUUCCGUAUUCGUGGCGUCAAGACCAAUAUUCCUUUCCUUCAACGGUUGUUAACUCACUCAACCUUCAUGACCGGUAACUGCUGGACAACAUUCAUCGACGAUACACCCGACCUUUUCCGUUUGGUUAGGUCUCAGAACAGAGCACAGAGAUUAUUGGGUUACCUUGGUGAUGUUGUCGUCAACGGUUCCCAGAUCAAGGGCCAAGUAGGAGAACCCUCAUUGAAGGAGGAGAUUGAAGUUCCCGUUCUCAAAACUACCGCCGAUACAACUGUUCCUUGCCAAGAUGGCUGGCGUAAGAUUAUAGUCGAGCAAGGCCCCGAAGCCUUUGCCAAGGCUGUAAGAGCUUAUCCUGGAGUCUUGAUUAUGGACACUACAUGGAGAGAUGCUCAUCAGAGUCUGUUAGCCACCCGUGUUCGUACUAUGGAUCUUCUUAAGGUUGCACCCGUAACCUCCCACGCCCUUAACAAUGCAUUCGCACUCGAGUGCUGGGGUGGUGCCACGUUUGAUGUUGCUAUGCGAUUCCUAUUCGAAGAUCCCUGGGACCGUUUGAUCCAACUCCGUGCUGCAGUCCCCAAUAUCCCCUUCCAAAUGCUGUUGCGUGGUGCCAAUGCUGUUGGCUAUACAUCAUAUCCCGAUAAUGUUGUUUAUGACUUCUGUGACAAAGCAGUCAAAGCUGGCAUGGACAUCUUCCGUAUCUUUGAUUCUCUUAACUAUAUUGAAAACAUGAAGCUUGGUAUUGAUGCCGUAAAGAAGGCCGGUGGUGUAAUUGAAGCCAGUAUCUGCUACACCGGAGAUGUAUCCAACCCUGCACGUACCAAAUAUAAUAUCGACUACUAUCUCAAGCUUACCCAGCAGCUCGUCGACCAAGGUAUCCACAUUCUUGGUAUCAAAGACAUGGCUGGUUUAUUGAAACCCAAGGCUGCUAAGCAGCUUGUUGGUGCUAUUCGCAAGCGUUUCCCUGAUCUCCCGAUUCAUGUUCACACUCACGACACUGCCGGUACCGGUGUCGCUUCUAUGAUGGCUGCUGCUUCUGCAGGUGCUGAUGUCGUUGAUGUUGCUAUUGACUCCAUGUCUGGUAUGACCUCACAGCCUGCCAUGGGUGCUAUUGUUGCAGCUCUGGAACAGACUCAUCUCGGCACAGGUAUCAGCAUGGAAAAUAUCCAAGCUUUGAACUCUUACUGGGAACAAUGCCGUAUGCUAUACUCUUGUUUUGAGGCCAAUGUUAAAGCCGCCGAUUCAGGUGUAUAUGAUCACGAAAUGCCCGGAGGACAAUACACAAACCUCAUGUUCCAGUCGCAACAGCUUGGACUCGGUGCUCAGUGGCGCCAGAUCAAGCAGGCAUACAAAGAAGCCAACGAUAUCUGCGGUGAUCUCGUCAAGGUCACCCCAUCCAGCAAGGUUGUUGGCGAUCUUGCUCAAUUUAUGGUUUCUAACAGCCUUUCCGGUAAGGAUGUAGUCGACAAAGCAUCUACUUUGUCUUUCCCUACGUCAGUAGUCGAAUUCUUCCAAGGAUACCUCGGUCAGCCUUAUGGUGGAUUCCCUGAACCUCUUAGAUCGCAUAUCAUUCGUGAUCUUAAGCGUAUCAACAACAGACCUGGUGCAUCAAUGCCUCCGUUGGAUCUCGAAAAGCUUAAGGCUGAAUUGGUCGAAAAAUAUGGAAAGGGAAUUCGCGACUACGACGUCAUUUCUGCUGCACUAUACCCCAAGGUGUUUGCCGAGUACCGUAAUAUGGUCGACUUGUACGGCGAUUUAUCAGUUGUCCCCACACGGUACUUCCUUGCAAAGCCAGUAGUUGGUGAGGAGUUCCAUGUCAACAUCGAUGAAGGCAAGACCCUAAUCAUUAAGCUACUUGCUGUUGGUUCCAUUGAUUCCAACGGAAAACGCGAUGUCUACUUUGAGCUUAACGGAGAGGCGCGUGUUGUGGGUAUUACUGACAAAAAUUCCGCUAUUGAGACUAUUACACGUGAAAAGGCAGAUUCUUCCAACCCUGGUGAUGUGGCUGCUCCAAUGUCAGGUGUAGUGGUUGAGCUCCAUUGCAAACAAGGCUCCAUAAUCAAAGCUGGUGACCCUGUAUGUGUUUUGAGUGCAAUGAAGAUGGAAACAAUUGUAUCCUCUCCAGUCGGUGGUCGCGUUGAGCUGGUUCCUGUUCAAGAAGGCGACUCAUUAUCUUCUGGUGACUUGGUUGUCCGAGUGGUCAAGAACACCUAAAAUUUCUUUUUUUUUCUCAAUUCCAUUUCCCCUUGAUCCCGCUUUAGCUUGUACACAACUUUAUAUUACAAAUUGUAUUUGAUGUACUAGCCUAUGAUUUAAAUAGAAAUGUUUUGAUACGCUGGCUGUAGAAAUUAAGCAAUACAUUAAUAUACAUCAAUUUUUUUAAAGAG